AUGGGCCGGUCGUGGGGUCUGCUCUGGAUGGCGUGCUUGCUGUACGGCGUGUUCACAGAGUGUCGCAGAUCUUCACAGCACGCACACACAGGAAAAAUGUCGCUAUCCUCUAAGCUAACAGUCAAGGACCUGAGCCUUGCGGGCAAACGCGUGUUCAUCCGCGUGGACUUCAACGUGCCGCUAGACGGGAAGACGAUCACGUCGAACCAGCGCAUUGUGGCCGCGCUACCCACGAUCAAGUACGUGUUGGAGCAGGGCCCCAAGGCGGUGGUGUUGGCGUCGCACCUAGGGCGGCCCAACGGCGAGCGCAACGAGAAGUACUCGUUGGCGCCGGUGGCCGCGGAGCUGGAGAAGCUGCUGGGCCAGAAGGUGAACUUCCUGGACGACUGCGUGGGCGAGCACGUGACCGCUGCGGUCAACGGCGCGGCUGCGGGGUCCGUGUUCCUGCUUGAGAACCUGCGGUUCCACAUCGAGGAGGAGGGCUCGCGCAAGGUGGACGGCGAGAAGGUCAAGGCGUCUGCGGAGGACGUGCAGAAGUUCCGCCAGGGCCUCAUGUCGCUCGCGGACGUCUACGUCAACGACGCCUUCGGCACCGCGCACAGAGCGCACUCCUCGAUGGUCGGCUUCGAGCUGCCUGAGAGGGCCGGCGGCUUCUUGUUGUCGCGCGAGCUGGAGUACUUCAGCAAGGCGUUGGAGAACCCUACGAGACCCUUCUUGGCGAUCCUGGGCGGUGCCAAGGUUGCCGACAAGAUCCAGUUGAUCGACAACUUGUUGGACAAGGUCGACUCGAUUGUGAUCGGCGGUGGCAUGGCCUUCACCUUCAAGAAGGUGCUUGAGAACAUGGAGAUCGGUAACUCCAUCUACGACAAGGCGGGUGCCGAGAUCGUUCCUAAGCUAGCGGAGAAGGCCAAGAAGAACGGCGUCAAGAUCGUGUUGCCUGUGGACUUCGUGAUCGGCGACGACUUCUCCCAGGACGCCAACACCAAGAUUGUCUCUGCCUCCGAGGGCAUUCCAUCCGGCUGGGAGGGUCUAGACUGUGGUCCUGAGUCCAGAAAGCUGUUCAGCGAGACCAUCGCGAGCGCGAAGACCAUCGUGUGGAACGGCCCACCAGGUGUCUUUGAGAUUCCAAAGUUCUCCGAGGGUACCCAGGCCAUGCUUGCGGCCGCUGUCAAGGCCUCCGAGGCUGGCAGCACCGUCAUCAUCGGCGGUGGUGACACCGCUACCGUGGCCAAGAAGUACGGUGUGGUCGAGAAGAUCUCCCAUGUGUCCACCGGUGGUGGUGCCUCCCUAGAGCUAUUGGAGGGUAAGGACCUACCAGGUGUCACCUUCUUGUCCAGCAAGCAGUAG